CCUAGGGCAGCUAGGCCCGGGGCGCUGCCUGGGGAAUGAAAUGCCCUAGGCUCUCUGGGGCACGAAGCGCAGGCGCGCACAAAGGGUUGGGUGGCAGCUGCAUCGGGUAGCAGGGCGUUUUGGCAGCACCAUCCGCAACAGGUGUAGACAGGUCCCGCCUGCUUCCACCCUGGAAAGUCCUUUUGAAGAAAUGGCCCUGGUGAGGGGCGGCUGGCUGUGGAGACAGAGCUCCAUCCUCCGCCGCUGGAAGCGGAACUGGUUCGCCCUGUGGCUGGAUGGAACUCUGGGCUACUACCAUGAUGAGACGGCACAGGAUGAGGAAGACCGCGUGCUCAUCCACUUCAAUGUCCGUGACAUAAAAGUCGGCCAGGAGUGUCAUGAUGUGCAGCCCCCAGAGGGUCGGAGCCGUGAUGGCCUGCUGACUGUGAACCUAAGGGAGGGUUCCAAACUGUUCCUGUGCGCAGAGACCCGGGAUGAUGCUGUAGCAUGGAAGACAGCGCUGCUGGAGGCAAAUGCCACCCCGGCCCCAGCUGGAGCCACCAUCCCACCCAGGAGCCGCCGGGUUUGCCCCAAGGUCAGGUGUGUGACCCGCUCAUGGAGCCCCUGUAAAGUUGAGAGGCGGAUCUGGGUGCGAGUCUACAGCCCAUACCAGGACUACUACGAGGUGGUGCCCCCCAAUGCACAUGAGGCUACAUACGUCCGCAGCUACUACGGGCCGCCCUAUGCAGGUCCCGGCGUGACUCACGUGAUAGUGCGGGAGGACCCCUGCUACAGCUCGGGCGCCCCGCUGGCCAUGGGCAUGCUGGCCGGGGCUGCCACUGGCGCUGCGCUGGGUUCACUCAUGUGGUCACCCUGCUGGUUCUGAACCUUGGGUCUCCGAGCUCCAGUCCCUGCGCGUAAACUACUAGCCCCCUUUUCCUCUUGGACCCCACCAUCACUCCCUAUAUCGUUUGACCCUCUCCUCUCUAUUAGCCCCUUCUGGGCCUGAACCAUCUCUCCCUUUCUUUCCUACUCGCCUCUCCCAACUCCUGAAGAAGCUGACAUCUCAGGCACGAACAUGGCUAGAAAUCCUCCUGUCUACUGCCAGACAACCCAGAAAUCCCUUAUAGACACGUAUGACUAUAUUUCCUCCAAACACACCAAGAGAUGGCAAACAACUCCAUUUGGCUUCAAAUUCCCCGGGCGCUGGUGUGACAACAUGAAUAGGGCUCCCUGUUCUCUCCUGGGGGAAUGCCAGGCCUGAUGGGGGAAACAGGAGUAAACAAACACUAGACAAAGCUGCAGAGUUAUCUGUCCUUUGACAAGGACGCCUAGGGGAAGGGAGCAAGGGAGGUAAGCUGGGAGUGCUGUUGUUGGCAUGUCCAAAGAAUUAAGGGGGAGCCCAUUUGGGCUCGGGUGGGGUCAAAUCAUGGUGAGCUGCAGGCUGAGGCACCUGCCCGGUAAAGGGGAGAUGUGAGCUUUUCAUAGAGGGAAGUUUCAUGACUGCACCUAUAAUGAGGAUUUUGUCCAUUUUGUUAGUACUGAUGCAUACCCUGACCUAAAACACCCUGAGUUUAGUUCCUUCCUUCCCACUAGCAGUUUCCUAGGCCCCUGUUCCCCCUGACAACAAUUGAAUUUAACAAGGAGGCUUCUGGUUGGGGAACAGGUGAGCUCUGUUUGGAAUCUCCAGCCUUAGGAAGUUGCCUCCAUCAGGAAAUGCCUUUCUGAUCUGCUGUGAUUUUCACCAUCUAGGGCUUUGUCUCUUCCUUAAUUCUGGGGGAGAUGGCAGUGUUCCCUUCUGGGACCUGACCCAAUUCUGUACCAGCCUGGGAAGCCCCCAUGCCAUGUGUCUGCCUGCAGGUGGCCCUUCCAAUCUCUUCCCCAAUCCUGUCCCAGUCACCAGUAGAAAUGCUAACUUACUUGCCCAGUGCCUGGUGUAGUCCACUAAAAUUCCCCUGUUGACAGGGACUCUAUUGGCUCAGCUGCAGAGAUUAAUAAAGAUGUGAUUGAGUCUA